GCGUGGCCUUUUGUAGUGGGCGUGGCUCCAGCCUGCCAGUCCGGGGCGUUGUGCGCUCCGCUUCUCUUCGCCGAGAUGCUGCGCCUGCUACUUGCGCUGCUCCUGCGCGCGAUCCUGAGCCCCGCUGAUGGAUCGCGCCCGGCAGCGCCGGCGGCGGUGGAGCAGCUCCGCCCGGCCGACGAGUUGCUAGCCGCCGGGGUCGAGGCGUACAACCGCGGGGACUGGCCCGGCGUCAUCCUACACAUGGAGCGGGCGCUGCGGGCGCGGGCCGCGCACCGGGAACGCCUGGCCUUCUGCCGCUCGGGCUGCGCGGCCAACCACACGGCCGAGGAUCCCGCGCAGGAGCCGGCCCGCCUGUUGGGCGACCUGCGCUUCUUCCAGCAGCUGCUGCGCCGCGCAGCCUGCCUGCGCCGCUGCCUGCCGGCCGGCCCGUCUCGCUACCAGCUGGGCGAGGAGGUGGAACUGGAGUUCCGCAAGCGGAGCCCUUACAACUACCUCCAGGUGGCCUAUUUCAAGAUCAACAAGCUGAGCAAGGCCGUGGCGGCUGCCCAAACCUUCUUCUCGGCCAAUCCAAACCACGCCGAGAUGCGGCAGAACCUGGCUUAUUACCAGAUGAUGGUUGGGGUCAAAGAUUCGGAUUUUGUCGAUUUGGAAGCUAAGCCCCACAUGCAAAAUUUCCACCUGGGUGUGAGUUACUACACGGAGGAAAACCCCCAGGCAGCCAUUUUGCACCUGGAGAAAGCGCUGGAUGAGUACUGGGUAGCUGACGCCGAUUGCCGGGCCCUCUGCGAAGAGCCGUACAACCACGAUGGUUACAACUACCUCGACUACAACGCCGAUUUCUACCAAGCCUAUAUCGAUCAUUACACCCAAGUGCUGAGCUGCAAGCAAGGAUGCGUGGCCGAGUUGGCGCAGGAAGUUGGGCAGGAGAAGCCCAACGAAGACUUCCUUCCGUCUCAUUUCAACUACCUGCAGUUCGCCUAUUACAAUAGUGGCCACUAUGGGAAGGCGGUCGAAUGCGCAAAGACCUACUUGAUUUUCUUCCCGAAUGACAAUGUGAUGAAGCAGAAUGUGGCUUAUUACGCAGCCAUGCUGGGGGAGAACCUGGCUGAGCGCAUCGGGCCCAGAGAGGCAAUCCAGGUGUAUCACCGGCGGAGUCUUUUAGAGAAAGAAUUGCUCUAUUUUGCAUAUGAUAUCUUUGCCAUUCCUUUCAUCGAUCCGGACACGUGGACCCCGGAAGACGUGAUUCCCAAAAGGCUUCGGGAAAAGCAAAAGGUUGAACGUGAGACGGCGGCCCGGAUCUCAGAGGAGAUCGGUAAUCUCAUGAAGGAGAUUGAGAAUCUGGUGGAGGAGAAGACCAAGGAAUCUUCCGACAUGAACAAAUUCGUGCGGGAAGGGGGCCCGUUGGUGUACGAUGGGCUCCGAGUGACCAUGAGCUCCAAGACCCUGAAUGGGUCGCAGCGCGUGGUGGUGGACGGGGUCCUCUCCGAAGAAGAGUGCCUGACAUUGCAAACACUGACAAACGCGGCUGCUUCCGUGGGGGACGGUUAUAGGGGCCAAACCUCGCCCCAUUCGCCCAGCGAGACUUUUUCUGGGGUGACCGUCCUGAAAGCCCUCAAGCUGGGGCAGGAAGGCCGAGUCCCCAUGCCGAGCGCGUACCUGUACUACAACGCCACGGAGAAAGUCCGUCGUGUGAUGGAGUCUUACUUCCGCCUCGACGUCCCUCUGCAUUUCUCCUAUUCUCACCUGGUGUGCCGGACGGCCAUUGCAGAUAAACAGGAGGACCGAAGGGAUCUCAGCCACCCCGUGCAUGUUGACAACUGCAUUCUCAACGCCGAGGCUAUGGUGUGCGUCAAGGAGCCCCCCGCGUACACCUUUCGGGACUACAGCGCCAUACUUUAUUUAAACGAAGAUUUCGAAGGCGGGGAGUUUUAUUUUACCGAGCUGGAUGCCACAACCAUCACGGCAGAGGUGAAGCCCCAGUGCGGUCGGGCGGUGGGCUUCUCGGCCGGAUCGGAAAACCCCCACGGCGUCAAAGCCGUCACGAAGGGCCAGCGAUGCGCCAUCGCCUUGUGGUUUACCCUGGACCCCCGCCAUAGCGAACGGGAAAGAAUCCAAGCCGAUGAUCUGGUCCGGAUGCUUUUCAAAACCGAAGAAACCCAGUUGCCCCCCGAAAUGGGACCGAACCCCAAAGAGGCCGAAAAGACCCCCGAAGACGCUUCCGAAAAGAAAGACGAACUAUAGAGCCGCAUCUGGUUCAAACAGGAUUAUGAAAUAAUUCGUCAUAACUUGGGGUACGGAGUGGUCUCGGGAGCGAGACAGAAAGCUGACUAUAAAACAGUGACUAUAAAAUACAGGCAAGGAGAUAAAUCGGGGUUCACCUUUUCCCCCGUUUCUUGAAUGACUGGAUAAUUUCAUCCGGCUGGAAGGGACCUCGGAGGUCCUCUAGUCCAACCCGCCUAGCCCAAGGCAGGAGUCUUCAUAACUGCAUCGGAUAAUGAGAAAUUCCGGCGAUGGAGAACCCGCAACUCCGGGAGGCAGGCUGUUACAUGGCUUCAUCACCGAUAGUUCGUUUAGUGACCGUUCAAAGUUACGACGGCGCUGGGGAAAAAAGACCGUUUUUCAGACUUACGACCGUUCCAGCAUCCCCACAGACACAGGAUCAAAAUCAAUGGGCAACUGACUCAUAUUUAUGACGGUCGCAGUGUCCCGGGCUCAGGUGACCCCCCCCUUUUUUCGACCUUCUGUCAAGCGGAAUCAAUGAAGAAACCAGAUUCACUUAAACAACGGCGGCAGGAAAGGGGUCGUAAAACGGGACAAAACCCGCUUCCCCGAUGUCUCACUUAGCAACAGAAACUUGCGGCUCGGUGGCGGUCGUAAUUCGAGGACUGCUUUUAUAAAAUACAAUUUUUGCAAACCUGUUUUUGUGACUCGUUUGCUUCGCGAGGCCGAAAGGAUAUUUCGAGCCGGGCGGUUUUGAAGCCGGAGAGGGAAGGAAAAUUUAAUUAGACGAAGGAAGACAAGGUAUAUUUAAGGCGUGGGCUUCAUCAAAAGAUUGAACUGCUUGAGAAAAUAAAGCCGGUUUUAUUUUUCUUUCCACAAAGAAAGAAAAAAGGGAA